AUGAAGGCCGUCUGGAUCCCUCACGAACGGCUGAAUGAUCUCCUGCGCUCCAAUAUCCCACCAUCGGAUUCUGAACGUGUCGCCAUCUCCAAAGAAUUGAGCCUCUGUCACAGUCGCUUGGCACAGCUUGACUCCUCAAGCGAUGAACUGCAGCACCUCUCUGACUGCCUCAGGAUAGUCGCUUCGCCUAUACGACGGGUGAAUCGAGACAUUCUUCACCACAUCUUCCUGUGGUACAUUCGGCGAGGCCCAGAAACUUUCGCCAGCUUCAUCUGUCGUCCCGCACCUUGGACGAUCGCCGUUGUCUGUCGUAGCUGGCGCGAGGCCGCGGUGUCCACCUCUGCCCUGUGGUCCUUCGUCCAGCUGCCUAUGACUGCACCACAAUGGCAAUUCGACGAAAGGACGAGCACGCAGAUGGCGCGAGCAAAAGUAGGGCCAUUGCAUUUCAAAAUAGCCCCGGAUAUGGACUUCAUGUGUUUGGGCGAACUCACCUCCCUUACGAUCAUCGGAGUAGCCUUGUCGGACGAAGAUGUCGUCUCCAUCAUUUCACAUAUCCCUCAAGUACAGCAAUUGUCAGUAUACAACCUACCAUGGCCGGGUCCCUCAUCCAGGCCCUACCGGUUCAUAGCGAACAUAACGUAUCGCCCGAAUCAGCCUGAGCACAGAUGCUUGGCCCCUUUGCUAACGGACGUCGCCAUCCCUCUGACAGCCGACACGGUCAACUUCGUGAACUCGAGGAGCCAUGACUACGACUGCGAGUCAGCGGACUUUGUCGAGAAGCUGAGGCGCGUAGACCUCAAGGCUCCGUUCCCCCCAGGCGCGUACAAUCUCGUCGAUAAGAUGCUGGACUCCGUCGAGAGGGGGGUCAAAAUAUAUGGCGGCCCAUUUUAG